CGGUCAGAGCGCGAGGGGGCAGGCCGAGGCGAUGUCGGUUUGGUUUGAGUGAGCGAGCGAGCGCGCGCGCCCCUGUGGCGGCCUCCUCGGAUUGGUCGGAGUUGGCCCUAGCGAGUUCGCCGGGGAGGGUCCGUUGGAGCAGAGACGCUGAGGCGUUCGGGGACCCGGCGGUUUUGCGGAGUAGGUAGCGGAGCCGGAGUCAGGUGGCUUCCGGAGGCCUGGCCGCCGCCUUCUCCUUCCAGGAUAGCGGCCCCGGGGACCCGCUGGUCGCAGCCACCGGGAAAAAAUGAUUGAGGAGAGUGGGAAGAGGAGAAGGACAAUGGCAGAGAAGAGACAGCUAUUCAUGGAAAUGAGGGCUCAGAAUUUUGAUGUCAUCAGACUUUCAACAUAUCGGACUGCCUGCAAACUGAGAUUUGUGCAGAAAAGAUGUAAUCUUCAUCUUGUUGAUAUCUGGAAUAUGAUUGAAGCCUUCCGAGACAAUGGCCUUAAUACAUUAGAUCACAACACAGAGAUCAGUGUUUCUCGACUGGAAACGAUAAUUUCAUCCAUCUACUACCAGCUAAAUAAACGCCUUCCUUCUACUCACCAGAUCAGUGUGGAGCAAUCCAUCAGCCUUCUCCUCAACUUCAUGAUAGCCGCAUAUGACAGUGAGGGCCAUGGGAAGUUGACAGUGUUUUCAGUUAAAGCUAUGUUAGCAACCAUGUGUGGUGGGAAAAUACAAGACAAACUAAGAUAUAUUUUCUCCCAAAUGUCAGAUUCCAAUGGAUUGAUGAUAUUUACAAAGUUUGAUCAGUUUUUGAGAGAAGUUUUAAAACUUCCAACAGCUGUAUUUGAAGGGCCUUCUUUUGGAUACACAGAACAUUCCGUACGGACAUGUUUCCCACAACAAAAAAAGAUAACGCUAAAUAUGUUUUUAGACACAUUGAUGGUUGAUCCACCCCCUCAGUGCCUUGUGUGGCUACCUCUCAUGCACAGACUUGCACAUGUAGAAAAUGUCUUCCAUCCUGUGGAAUGUUCAUAUUGUCGGUGUGAGAGCAUGAUGGGUUUCCGGUACCGAUGCCAGCAGUGCCACAACUACCAGCUCUGUCAAAACUGUUUUUGGCGUGGCCAUGCAAAUGGCCCUCAUAGCAACCAACAUCAGAUGAAGGAGCAUUCCUCUUGGAAAUCGCCUGCCAAGAAGCUGAGCCAUGCAAUUAGUAAAUCUCUUGGUUGUGUGCCCACUAGAGAACCACCUCAUCCUGUAUUUCCUGAACAGCCAGAGAAGCCACUUGAUCUUGCUCAUAUCGUUCCUCCUCGACCUCUGACCAACAUGAAUGACACUAUGGUUACCCAUAUGUCCUCCGGAGCACCCACUCCAACAAAAAGGUUGCAGUACAGACUGGACACUGCCAAUCGGUUAGCUGAUGAGCAUGCACUGAUAGCAACAUAUGUGAGCCGGCUACAGAACGGUACACGUGUCUUGGACAGCCCUAGCCGACUUGAUGAGGAGCACAGACUCAUUGCCCGAUAUGCCGCCAGGCUGGCUGCAGAAGCUGGAAAUGCACCACGCCCACCAACGGACCUGGGGUUCAAUUUUGAUGCCAAUAAACAACAAAGACAGCUGAUAGCCGAACUGGAAAACAAAAACAGAGAGAUACUGCAAGAAAUUCAGCGCCUUAGACUGGAGCACGAACAAGCCUCCCAGCCAACCCCAGAGAAAGCUCAGCAGAACCCAACUUUGCUGGCAGAACUCAGGCUUCUACGGCAGAGAAAGGAUGAACUAGAACAGAGAAUGUCUGCACUUCAAGAGAGCAGAAGGGAACUGAUGGUGCAGCUUGAAGGGCUAAUGAAGCUGCUCAAGGAAGAAGAGCAAAAGCAGGCAGCUCAAGCAGCAAGCUCCCCACACUCCUCACCUACCCAUGGAGCCAGUCGCCCAAUGCCAAUGCCUGUCAGAGCCACUUCCGCUGGCUCUACCCCAACUCACGUACCUCAGGACUCACUUGCGGGAGUCGGGGGAGAUGUGCAGGAAGCUUUUGCACAAGGUACACGAAGAAACCUCCGUAAUGAUUUAUUGGUAGCAGCUGAUUCAAUUACAAAUACAAUGUCUUCUUUGGUGAAGGAACUUCAUUCAGCAGAGGAAGUAGGUGAAGAAGAAGAGGAAAAGAUGCAGAAUGGAAAGGACAGAGGUUAGAUGGAAGAACCCAGACUGCACAGUAAUUCAAGAAUGUUAUUUUUAGCAGAAGAGCUGAGUGCCCUAAUGCAUCUAUAAAUAUUUAUCAAGGGCGAUGAAUGGAAUGGAGUGAUAAACCCUGAAACCAACUCUCAGCUUUUCUCCCUGUCUCAUCCGAGAUGCAACGUUGGUUCUUGGAGGAAAGUGCUCGUUAGGUACCUAUAACUCUUUGGGGGAAAGAAAAUAAACAUACAUGGUGGCCACAGGUUUCGUCAAAUAUAAAUAUUGUGAAUGAGCUGUCAAGAAGGAAAGAAAAGUGAGGAUAACCUGGUUCAGUGUGUUAGCUUUAGCCUGCCAAACACCACGCACUUGGGAGGGUUCGUGGCUGUCUUUGUUAGGGUGACCAGGCAGCAAGUGUGAAAAAUCGGGACAGGGGGUGGGGGGUAAUAGGAGCCUAUAUAAGAAAAAGACCCAAAAAUCGGGACUGAUCCUAUAAAAUUGGGACAUCUGGUCACCCUAGUCUUUGUACACGUUUUCAGUAUGAUUAGCUGAAUCAUUACCCAGACGUUACUCUGUUUGCAGCUGUACAGAUGCAAGAAGGGGAUUUGUGUUCUGGAAUUUUAAAGGAUGAAAGUUUUGCUAGUGGCCGGCUCAAGGGCCUGCCGGUAUAGACAGGAGGCCAUCGGUGGUUAGAGAUAUUGUGACUGUGGCUUCAUCAUAUCUUCACUGUGGACCCUCCUUUUUGUCCUUGAUUUUCAUGCACUUCUUCCCCUACUUACCACCCUGAUGCCCAAGGUCUGGUUAGUAAAAUGCUGGCAUCAGAGAAGUUUGCAUUGCUCCAGCUGUGAAUGGACCAGCAACAGCACAGAGUACCUGGGAUCGCUGUCUCACCCACCAAGCCUGCUUUCAGACAGGCAAAGGUCCUCUUGACAUUUAACUUCAAUAACCACAGCCAACGCUGUGUGCAGAAAUCUGUGUGGAAGGAAAUAUGAAUUGUGAACUAGACUAGGCCUUGGGGGAUGGCGAAGAUGAACUGGAAACAGGCAGUAUGUGGUACAGUACAUCUGGGAGAGGAGUAGAUGAAAGUUUUGCCUUUUGGACGUUCCGAAUGAAAACAUAUGUUUUUCUCCCCUAAAUGCCAAUAAUCUGGGUCAGAGUUAUAGUGGAAGGGGAGACGCUGUACAUGACCCAGUGACUAUGAUUUACAGCUUUUCUAGCGAGACAAGGUGGGGGAGGGGAUAUCUUUUAUUGGACCGACUUCUGCUGGGGAGAGAGACAAGCUUUCAAGCUAAUACCACGCCUACCUUGUCUAAUAUCCUGGGACCGGCAUGGCUACAACAACCGUGCAUAUUGCAGCUUUUCUGUCACAUGAUUACAAUGUGAAAGCAAGCUACAUGGACAGACCAAAUAGCUGCUCAUUCUUUUUUUAUGUUUUUCCUGUUUAUUCAUUUUCCAACGCCUCACGUUUGUUGCCACCAUUAGUCUAAUAUUUAGAGGCUAAAACUUCCACUGUAUCUGCUCGUUUUUGCAGCUCUUGGAGGUGAAGACACUUCUCCCUACAAGAAAGGGAAUAUCUGUCCCUAUAGGCUGUCUGCACUGUAACAGAUCUACAUGACAGUGGCUAAAACAGCAGUGGUUGCCACCACCUUUUCUACACUGGGGCUCUCACCAGUAGAGCUGAACCAGUGGUAACUGUGGUGGGAAAUAUCCUAGUGCAGAUAAGGCCCCAGUGUCUGCAAGUUGGGAGCAGAGGUAACUGUAGUAUGAUGAUGGUGAUGCUACAUUUCUAUAGCACUCUCCAUCCCGAAGGACAGUCAGGUGCUUUGAUUACAGAUUAUAGAUAUUGAGAGGUCAUUGUAACCCCCCAGCAGUGGAAUAGCUAUUUCACAGCACAGGGCAGCACCACCAGGACCAAAUGCACUUUGUUAGCUUUGUUGUUUUCUGCCUACUAUAAAAGGAGGAGCAUUUCCUCUAUCAAAGUUCCAGGAAGCUAAUUACACUUGCCCACAAGCAUUACAAUACUAUGAUCACGUCUUAGCCUGUUGUAAGCUCAGCUAAGGAACCUGUGGCAGCAUUUUCUGUAUCAGACUAUUAGAGAGUUUGCUUAUUCUUCUCUUUAUGCUGAACUCUGUGAUUGAAUAGGCAAGUUCCACUGUGCAGUGAAACAUUUCUGCUGCAUCUGCUUUUUGUUCAUAUAACUCUUGACAGGAUCAAUGGGCUUUUACAGCCAGAGACAGUGCAUAGUCUGUGUAUAUGAAAUGUGACCCUGUGUGCCAUGGUUCUGGAUUACCUCACCCACAGUGCCAUAUAUUUUAGUCUACAAAGUGUUCAGCAAAUGCUUCGUAUUAUUGUAAUGAGGGGGUCUGCAGGUUGCUUUGCAGUGAUACCGAGAGGAUGUCCUUGGUUUACCUGACCACCUCUUGCACAGAAGCCGUUUCUGUGUCACUCUCAUGCUAGAGUCGCUGGGGAAAAAAAGGCUUUUUUCCCCAAGCACCUUACAAUGUUAAUACGCCCUGCAAGUAGGAAUGGUGAACUGGGGAAUUUAAAUGUCAGGGAGCAGAGAGCCAGUGGAUCAUUUGCAAACUCCAAGGCCAUUUCCCCAUAUGUGAUCAUUAAGGCCUAAACUUCAGUUACAUUUGUCCUCGUUAACCUGGUCCGCUCCCGAAAGCUUCACUCUGCCAUUUGCCCUGAGUCAAGAACAAGGUGGCAAUCCAGCCUUCUCCUGUUGCCAUAGUGCUGCUAGGGUGCACUAGCCAGCAGUUCCUAAAGAGAGCAUGGUGAGGGAGCUGCAGAGCGACCCUGUGGGAUUGCCGGCUGUCGUGCCCUGUCUUUGGGUGGAACUGGAGUUCUGCUUCCCACUCACUGCUACUCAGUACUGAUACCUUUGGUGAGCCCCUCCUAGCCACCUUCCAGCCACUUUGUUCUCCCUUCACUUUGCCAUGGAGCUGAGACUGCUCCAAAUGCCUGUCUCCUGAUGGCAAGAGCAGCACAGGCUCAGGGGAAGGAGGAAGGCACAGACCCGUACAGCUAAGCUUUGAAUGUUACUAAAUGGGUACCAUUGCCCAGAGCUUUUAGGAACCCCUGCAGCAUGUCAUAGUGAGAUAACUUAUGUCAGAGCUUGUAUGCGCGGCAAGUUACUAUGCGGCAAGCCAGCGUGUGAAUCUACAGCCCACCAGCUUGCUGCACUCGGGGACAUGGCUUCAGUGCAGUGAAAGUCCUGUGCUGGAGCAGUGCCCACAGCGGACAUUACUAUGCAGCAAACUGGAGUGCUGUAGAUUCACACCCCGGCUUGCCAUGCAGUAACUUGCUGUGUAGACGAGCCCUUGGUGAGCACAGCGUAAUUCCUGUGUCAUGUGCCGUGACACCUGUGAUACCUCCUCACUCCGCAAUGCAGAGCACUUGCUAUGGUGACAUGACAUGACAUUGUAUGGAAGAAAAUCACUCACACAUGUUAACGUUGGAAACUCUGCUUAUAAACUAUUGUUUGCCUUGCAAUAACUGCCUUAAAGCCCCUGGGCUCAACAUUCCAGGCCAGGCUUUAAUAUAUUUUACCGGGCUGUCUUCUCUGGCGUUACUUUACCCCACUCUAGUCACACUUGCCCGCACACUUUAUUAAGUCUGUUUUUAACCUGUCAGCGAAAACAGCACUUUCCUACCCAUCUGUGCUAGUCUUCACUGGACACAAAAUUUAACCUUUGGAGCCUGGGUGAUGUUCUACUCCACUGCACCAGAACGACUUAGCCCCAGAUCCGUGGAGUAGUAGCCAUGUAACAGAGCUAAUUUUGAUCCUGUGUGUAAUAUAGCUACCCUACAGAACUCUAGCAUGCCACAUAGAUGUGGUAUUGAUACUGAUGUAAUAAGGUGCAGUAAAGCGGGUAUCACCCGCACUCUGCCCUCUGGCCCAUCUCUGCUGGGACAUCUUCAGACAUUCCACACCCCUAAGCAGCUUCAAAAGGCUGCCAUUGGAAAAAAGUGCAUCAAAGAGAUGUUUCCUUUUUUCCUUCAGGUGUGGAGCUUUUUCUGCACAUGUUCCUGUACGUUUUUUCCAGGAUGUGUAAUAACAUCAGAGUCACGAGCAAAAAAUACAGGGCCUGAUAUGAAGCCCAUUGAAGUCAACAGGAGGCUUUGCAUUGCCUUCAGUAGGCUUUGAUCAGGCCCAUUGUGCAAAGCCACAUUGCUCGUUAACGUGCAGUAUUGCCAUGGCUCUGGCUAGACACCGGCUAGGUACUCGGGAGAAGAGAGGAGUUUUACAGAGAUCAUUGUCCGUCUCCAGUGAAGCUGAAUAACUGUGACCGUGUCUCAGUGACGUUUGGUGUGGAAAUGUUGGCUGUUUGUUUUGUACCCUCUUCCUGUUUCACGUCUUGGUGAGCUUUGACCAAAAUGCCUGUUUUCACACUGGAAACGGACAAAAAUUCAUAUUUUGCAGCCAUCUCUGCUCAAUGUGUCCUAUUUUUUUUUUAUUGAAAAUAGCCUUGUUUUCGCUGGGAAAAGGGCCCAUUUUUUGAGCAAAUACUGUACAAAACAGUGAAGGAGUUUUUUUGUGUGGAAGGGGGGCAAAUGGACCCCUUCUUGUCUUCACAAUGCACUGCCAUAGGGUGGCAACAGCAGCCCUAUGGCAACCUCUGCGUGUGGUGGGGCCUUGGGCUCCCCGUCUGUACCCAAGUGCAUGUCACCUCUGCAGUCUGGCCUACGUCUGUUCGCUAAGAAAUGACCCCUCCGAAGUGCCGUACAUAGAAAGUACAGUUUAUCCCUGCUCGGCUCUGUUUGUAAGGGAUGCUUGAACAUGCUCUUGGGGCUGAAACUUCAUUGCUGGGUGUUGGGCUCUGCCCCCAAUUCUUGUGUUUGACAUGGAUAGUGUGGUGACUUCUUAAAGAAGAGGCCGUCUCCAGUGACGGCUCAGCCACUGUAUGUAGUAGUGCAGACUGAGGACUAUGCUAUGUGUAAACAGGUGCAGUGAAGGUGACCGGAAGGUAUGUCCACAAUGCAGAACUGCAGCAUAAAGACAACAGCUGUGCCUAAGCCUCCCAAUUAAUUGUCGCUUGGUCUGAGGAUUGUAACUGGCUGAGAUGUGGCUAGGAGAUGAUGCCUCCCACAGGUGGCGGAAGCUCGCUUUGGGGGGGUGGAGGGAUUGCAGGGAGAUGUGUGUGGAAUGAUGUGCGUGGGCAGAAAUAUAGAUCAGCCCCCACAAUGUUUCUGUUGCUUGCCCCCACCGUCCCCUGGUUCGGCUGCCCCAGAUGCCUCGUCCUUCCUGGCUAUGGGAGAGAACACCCGAACACACAGCUUUGUGUGCGCUUUGAGCACCACCUUGUCCGCUCAGCUCAGCUCAGCCAACCAGCCUGUCACAUUCAGUGAUAAAAUGUUCCAAGUAACCCGCGGAGGCUCAUACAUUGUGCUGUUUAACUAAGGAAGGAAAAUUCCUUUGGCUUUAUGCAGUGCAUCUUACUACAGGCUUAAAAAGAAAACCAUUCUCGAGCUGGGCAAAACGGUCGCCGUUCCAAGGGCAGGGAUUAGUGCGUCCCCCUGCGGCAUGGCCUGCUGUGGAGGGAGCCCUGCAGUGAGGUGUGGAACCAGUACAGCAGCAUGCGAUGAGAGUUACCAUGGAAAUGUCUAUAGAACGGCUGUCUGGGCGGGGCCUACCACAGCAACGAUGCCGUGAGGAAAGCCAGAGCUGAUGCGGCUCCCUGCACAGCAUUGCACAAGGGAAGGGAACUGCUGUUUAAAACGCACCGGGUUUUGGUCCUAGCUAAACUUUUCAGCUCUGUGAUGGAAUUGUGGGUUCGUCAGCCAAUAUCACCUCAUGUUUGUUGGGGAGGUGAAUUCCCUGUUAGUCCUGGGUAGCAGAAGCUGGAGUUUCAUGACACAGCCAGCGUAGUCUGCACUGGCAGGUAGCACUGGGAGCAGCGUACUCUCAGCUGUGAGUCUCCCUCAUGCUAUUUUCCACAUAAAAUUACUAUGUCAAUGAUGUAUAAAAGGAAGAAAAUUGGCUUCAGCAAGUCAUACAGAGUUCAGCAUAUGUGUGCUCAGUGGAUGUCCAAUUCCUUCAGAGACCCUGCCAACUUGCAGCCCCUACAUGUAAAACAAAGCCAGGCUCAUUCACAUCCGGUCUGGUGGCCACAAGCAGAGCUGGCAGGGACCACACCCUUUUCUUCCAUGUACUGCAUAGAAAUCUGCCUUGGGAUUCGAGACUGCUGUGGAAUGAUUGUACUAUUUCAAAUUUGUGUGUGUGUGUGUGUGUGUAAUAAAUCCAUGUGUGUGGGUGGGUGUGAGUGCAUGUCUGUGUGGGUGUUCCAUAAAUAAAUGUUAAAAACGAGAUUCUGUACAUGUUGGGAAUGUGUCUAAUAUAAAUCUGUAAACUGGAAGCCAUGUUCUGUCAUCUGCCAAAUAUUUAAUAAAUUAGUCCCAUCCCUAUGAGGAUCUCUUGUCUGUGAUGACCAUAGAAAAAUAUAUUUGAGAUGUACAUGAAACAGCAAAGCUGUUUUAACAUGAACUUACUGCUCCAGAAUAAAAGCAGCUGCCCGUAGUUCAUUGUGUCUUUCUGUUAAAUACCAGAGCCAGGAGAGUAUGCACAUCUG